CCGCCAUCGGUGGAUGUACAGGUCAGCCGAGAAACUGGUUCCUUUUCUCCCUUCUCUCGGUCCCUAACACAGUGUCCUGAUGGAGCUUUCUUACCAGACUCUCAAAUUCACGCAUCAGGCGCGGGAAGCGUGCGAGAUGAGGACAGAAGCACGACGAAAAAAUCUUCUUAUUUUGAUUUUGCAUUAUUUAACACAAGAAGGAUAUAUUGAUGCAGCCAAUGCUUUGGAACAAGAAACUAAACUGGGGUUACGACGCUUUGAAGUUUGUGACAACGUUGAUCUUGAAACUAUUUUGAUGGAAUAUGAGAGCUAUUAUUUUGUAAAAUUUCAGAAAUACCCCAAAAUUGUCAAAAAGGCAUCAGACACAGCAGAAAAUAAUUUACCACAAAGAAGUGGAGGGAAGACCAGAAGAGCGAUGAAUGACAGUUGUCAAAAUCUUCCCAAGAUCAGCCAGCAGAGGCCACGGUCCAAAACCACGGUGGGGAAGCCAGGGGGCAGCAAGCCCCUCCACAGGGAGCAUCCUAAACAGGAGCUUGUCAAUCACACUCACAAGGAGAGUGCUGACUUUGGCUUAAGUAUAUCUGGAAUCAACAAAGGCAGUGGAGAAGAAAACGUCCACCCACGAGAAGGCCAAAUCAUUGACUUCCGAGGGCUGCUCACAGAUGCCAUAAAAGGAGCAACCAGCGAACUUGGCUUGAACAGCUUCGACUGUAACCCAGACCCUUCAGAACGAUUGUUGAAACCUCUGAGUGCAUUUAUUGGCAUGAACAGUGAGAUGCGAGAAUUGGCAGCCGUGGUGAGCCGGGACAUUUAUCUCCAUAAUCCAAACAUAAAGUGGAAUGACAUUAUUGGACUCGAUGCAGCCAAGCAGUUAGUCAAAGAAGCUGUUGUGUAUCCUACAAGGUACCCACAGCUGUUUACAGGAAUUCUUUCCCCCUGGAAAGGACUGCUGCUCUACGGACCUCCAGGUACAGGAAAGACUUUGCUGGCCAAAGCUGUGGCUACGGAAUGCAAGACAACCUUCUUUAAUAUUUCUGCAUCUACCAUCGUAAGCAAAUGGAGAGGGGAUUCAGAAAAACUUGUUCGGCUCACUGGGCUGAGCCAGUUGUCUUGGCUGAAUGAAAUAGGAUUCUGUGAAAGGAAAACACUUCCGCAUGAGCAUGGAGGGACCACACACACACAAGGAUCGGUGAAGGUGUUAUUUGAACUUGCCCGCUAUCACGCCCCCUCCACCAUCUUCCUGGACGAGCUGGAGUCAGUGAUGAGUCAGAGAGGCACGGCUCCUGGGGGAGAGCACGAAGGAAGCCUGCGGAUGAAGACAGAGUUACUGGUGCAGAUGGAUGGGCUGGCUCGCUCCGAGGAUCUCGUGUUUGUCUUAGCAGCCUCCAACCUGCCGUGGGAGCUAGACUAUGCCAUGUUGCGGCGCCUGGAGAAGAGGAUUCUGGUGGACCUCCCGAGCCAGGAGGCCAGGCAGGCCAUGAUCCACCACUGGCUGCCCCCCGUGAGCAGGGGCAGCGCCCUGGAGCUGCGCGCGGAGCUGGAGUACAGCCUGCUGAGCCGGGAGAUGGAGGGCUACUCGGGCUCGGACAUCAAGCUAGUCUGCAGGGAAGCAGCCAUGCGGCCUGUGAGGAAGAUCUUCAACGCCCUUGAAACUCAGCAGUCAGAGAGCAGCAGUUUACCUGGGAUCCAGCUGGAUACAGUGACCACUGCUGACUUUUUGGAUGUGCUAGCCCACACCAAGCCUUCAGCAAAAAAUCUGGCUCAGAGAUACUCAGCCUGGCAAAGCGAGUUCGAGUCUGUGUGAAAUCACAUUUACCCUGACUUGGCCACAAAGACAACUACAGAGGCCUCCUCGUUAAUUAGUGUAAGUGGAAGAAGAACAUUAUGCUUGGAAUAGAAAACAGAAAAUUAUUCUUGAAGACUGGAUUAAUUUGGACAACUGUACCAUUUUGGAAAUAUAUAUUUUCAUGGUCGAUGUCAGCAAAAUAUUGAAGAUUCCAAUUACAGGCUGACCACAACCAACUGCCAGUCAGAAAAGAAGGCAGAAGGCUUCCCUGGUGGCGCAGUGGUUGAGAGUCUGCCUGCCGUUGUGGGGGACGCGGGUUCGAGCCCUGGUCUGGGAAGAUCCCACAUGCCGCGGAGCGGCUGGGCCCGUGAGCCGCAAUUACUGAGCCUGCGCGUCUGGAGCCUGUGCUCCGCAACAAGAGAGGCCGCGAUGGUGAGAGGCCCGCGCACCGCGAUGAGGAGUGGCCCCCGCUUGCCACAACUAGAGAAAGCCCUCGCACAGAAACGAAGACCCAACACAGCCAUAAAUAAAUAAAUAAAUUAAAAAAAGAAAAGAAGGCAGAGCCAAUGGAGACCAGCUAGGGGAGGUGGGCCUACAAGACCCUGGCAUAGGACCAGUUUUCAUACUUGGUGUAAAUCCUUAGUUAUGUGACCUAAAGAAAGGAAAUGUUCAUGGGAACAAUACCCGAGAGGAAAAUAGUUAUCUGAGGGUUUCCUCAAUGACCAGAUCAUAAAAUGAUGAGGAAUGACAAGAGUCUGAAAAUUCAGAUACAGGGGAGGAUGAGGAGUGUGGCUGUUUUUCCUGACUCCCUGAUAUAUCCUCUUUUUUGCUUCCAUCAAAGGGCAUGUUUCUGGGAAGACGGUGAUCAUUUUGAAUUAGAAAUGUGAAAAAACAAUACUGUUAAUUCUAGAGUGACUGGAGUCACUAUCUGCAAGGCUCCAAUGGUUCACUCCAGACGCCCAGCAUGACAAAACUGUUCCCAUUCUUUGUUCACACAGGGCCUGGAAAAUACUUCUUAUUCAAUUGUAGCAACAUCUAUGUUUUCUUGUUCCUCUUUUUAAAUUCAAAAUAGCUUUUAUGCAACCACAUUUUCUUGAACAUCACAGUCAUGAGUAAAUAUACUCUUUCUAAAAAAUUUCCCAGUGGCAGCUCGUCGGUGACUUAGUGUUUAAAUCUUCCCUUUUCUGAACAGCCUGUAUGAAGCCAGGCAUAUGAACUCACAGAGCCAUCUACGGAACCACUUAAUUGCUAUUUAACUGGUAACAGCCCAAUGACAAUUCUCGGACCAGACUCCUGGCUGUUAUCCUCAAACACGUGCUAUUAGUUUUAAGCUCAGCAGGUGCCAGCUGGGGGCAGGUGCAGGGGAGACCUUUUAAUUUUAUCUGGAAAGGCUCAUCAAGUUCCGAGUGCAACAGCACACAAGCCCACACACAGCUCCCAUUGACUAUUCUUUCCGUACCUUGAAAGGACUUUAUUAAUCACACUCCACAGUGUAAUACGCAUAUACUGUGAGAGCUAGAAGGGACCAGUCCAGCCCCAUCAUCCGUAAAUGGCCCAAAGAGGUGAAGGGCCUUGCCCAGAGUCUCACAGUCAGUGUAGAGCUGAGACCAAGACCCAGGACACCAAACUGUUCCACUGUUGCCAUGAUACCGUAUUAGCUGAGUCUCCCCUAUUAGGUUCUUUCCCUUUCCUUAAAUUUAUUUGAGGGAUCACACCCGGUUUACCUAAUUUUGGUACAGGAAAUUGUUACUAAAACAGUAAGUGAAAAGACAAAAGUUUUUUGUGUGUUUUUAAAAAAAAUGUAAACAUUAACACAAAGUAUCACAUCACUUAGCUAGCCAGUUGCUAAAAGAUCAACAUCAUCUUAUAGCUGGUGCAAAAAGAAAACAUAUUUUUACAGAGCCCCACAUCAAUGGUCUUUUGGUCAACUUUGGUGAUUUGUAUAUCCAGAAAAUCAUACAAAUGCUAAUGGUCAAUUGUGUAUUGUUAUCUCUGUGUAACUGUUAAAAUACCUCUGAACUCUGAUCUGAUCUUCCUAGCUUUGCACAGCACGGGCCCUUUCACAUUGUCUUUUUUCCCUGCAAUCCUAAGCCCAUUUUAUUUUUGCUUUGUGGCAGAAAGAGAAUUAAAGUGCCCAGUGGGCUUUGCCAUUUCUUCAAAGACUGUUCUUUAAGCAGUUGUGUAUUCUACCAUUCUGUUUUAGAGAAACAGAGUAUUAUACUGAAGAUACAUACCAGUUUUGACUAAGAUGCCCAGCAUGCCGACAUUCUGAGCCCCACCAACAUCAUCCCUGCAAUCCUAGAAAAGCAUAACGAAGCAUUUA